CUUCACGCUGGUGGCCGCCCGUACGGUACACCAAUACUGCACUAUUUUCGGGGCUACAUGUUCAACCUAGGUUACGCUAAUCUUCCACACGCAGAGAUUUAUCUAUGCCAGGAAAUACUCAUGGUAGUGUUAGGUAAUGGAGGACAAUUAAGGCUAAAAAGACUCGCAGAACUUCGCUAAUAUCUGAAGGAAGACACAAGUGCGUCCAGUUAGUUGUCAGGCACGGAGUUAACUGUUCAUGCAAAGGUGAUGAAACAGAUCUUCAUCAUCUUCCAUUUAUUGUACCCACCCAUUUACUUAUGUGCAUGUCUUAUGUACAGAUUGUAUAUUUAGAUAUAUACUUAUAAAGUAAAAGGAAACAUUAUCAUUCGGGGGAAACACUUGCUAUACUGUCGGUACGCAAAGACGGGCAGUGACAUCUAGUGGCCGUCUGCACCACUAGUAGUUCCACCUCAUGACGCUCGAAGUAUGUAGCGCCACCAAUACACCCACGGCGUUAACCAGUGCUUCAGGAUUUUAGAGUACCACCGUACGAGAGUGACGUAUAGGGACUUCGUGUGUAGUGCCAGCGUAAUGAAAAGUGUGUGGCUGACUCUCUUAUGCCUGUUGGUGGUGUCGGUGCCUAGCAAGGGUGCGACAGAGGUGAGAGUCAGCCUGGAUGACAUCUUGAAAGGGGAACUAAAUCAACUUUUAGAAACAUUCAUCGACGCCUGGGACUAUCACGACAGUUCCAACACUGAAACGUCCGACAGUUUUUUCUUUACUGUAGACCCCGUCGAAAAUGAUACAUCCAUCGGUAAAGUCUGGAAAAAUACCGCAAGUUUCACCACAGGGACGGAAAAUGCUGCAGCCCUUGAGUACGAAGUGGUCCCCAGAAAAACCCUUGAACACGAGGUGGGCCCCAGAGAAACCCAUGAACACGAGGUGGUCCCCAGAGAAGCCCAUGAACACGAGGUGGCCCCCAGAGCAGCGCCCCCUAACCUGUACCUGAGAAAGCAAGGGGCCAGGCGGUGUAUGGGGUCCGGGGGGGCCUCGGUGUUCUCUGGUGGCAACGCUCUCAACUAUAUGAGCUUCCUCGUCACCCUCUCAACACUCAUCCUCAACGUCAACAACAACAUCAACAAUAACAACAAUAACAAUAACAACAACAAUAACAACAAUGUGGACAACAGCAACGUCAACACCAACCUCAACGCUAACAAUGCAAACCAGAUCAACAUAAUGCCACCUGGACGUCGUCGUCGAAGGAGGCGGGGCAGCACAGGACUCAUAACGUCACCUUGGUUCAUGACGCCAACCUCGAAGUGCCCUUUCACGUCCAAUAUGGAGAUGAUGAAGGGUGUGGACGUGUUAGAGGCGGCCCUAACUAAACUCCCUGGCGCCUGGCUACCCUCUGCCACCAUCCACCACCAGUAGCUCCUGACGAUACUAACCACAUGCUCCUGCUGCUGCUACUGGCUAUGUUAUCUGCUGGUGAUCAAAGGUUAAUCUCAACACCUCUGCUUGCACUACCUGAAGAUUAACCUCUUAACUUUAACCCAACUUAACCUGACUUAACCUAAUCUAGCCUACCUUAACCUAACCUAACUAAUCUGGGGUGUCUCUAUAAAUGAUUUAC